AUGACACAGCACAACUCGCAGCGGAGGCGCAUAGCCGCUGCGUAUAACCCCGACGCAAUGCAUGAGUUGGAGCCGCUGCUUGACAAGUCCGUCAAGCAAUUUAUAGAUGUGUUGCAGACUAGGUUUGCCGCCAGCGGCAAGAUCUGCGACCUUGCCGACUUCAUUCAUUUUUUUGCAUUCGAUGCCAUCAUGGAUAUUGCCUUUAGCAACCCCGUCGGCUUUGUCAAGGCAGGUCACGACGUGCAUGGCAUCAUUGGUUCAUUGACACAGCUUUUCCAUGUCACCCGCGUAAUGACCACAUUCCCAGAGUUGCAAAAGUUCAUCAAUCACCCUUGGGUGAACCCCGUGUUGGGUACCAAAACAUCAGACACCUCGGGCCCUGGGAUGAUCAGAGGAAUGGCAAUUGGUGAGGUGAGACGGCGACUCAAGCACGGCAAUCCUCACGGUAACAAGGACCUCCUGCACCGAUUUCUCGAGUUUCGAGACAAGGACGGCCAUGGUAUUCCCCAACAAGAGCUCGAGGUCGAGGCGUUUACACCAGUAAUCGCCGGACCGGAAUCAGUUGCUACUAUACUACGAGUCGCCAUAGUCUACAUCAUCGGCACGCCUCGCGUCUAUCGCAAGUUGAUGGCUGAAAUUUCCGAGAAGGAACGCUUGGGAUUGCUGUCAAGCCCAGCGACAUACGAAGAGGCAAAGAACAUGCCAUUUAUGGCGGCGAUUGUGAAGGAAGUCUUUCGCAUUCAUCCUCCAAUUGGGUAUGCCAUCUCUAAGCACUGA